AUGAUGUCUGCCAUAAAUGCAGCUCCUAUCACAGCGACUGACAGUUUGUCGCAGGCUUUAAAGGCUAAUAUAAUACCCAACCAGGAGUAUUUACUGCAGGGUUCAGUUCUUGAUUCAGCUGUUGAAGUGUUACUCCAUCGAUUAAGAGGUCUUUGUGACAAUGUUGAUGCUGGACCGGAAACAUUUGAUGAUCAAGAAGUUUGUUUUAGUUUGAGAGACCCAAAUCAACAGGCUGCUCCUCUUAUGUUGAGAGUUAGAAAGGCGUUGGAUGCAAGAGAUAUGCCUUAUCAACUACGAUACAUUGGUCAACCAGAUUUAGGAGACAAGAAUAGACCUACAGUUGUAAGAUCUAGCUUAGAUAUUGCCUGCAGUGGAAUGCUUAUAGAGUUUCUAAAUGAACUUGGCUGUAGAAUUGAAUUUGAAUAUAGUGUUAAAGGUUACAUGUUUAGAAAGGGAAGAAUGAAAAUCACAGUUGCUAAAGUGUUCAAGAUUUCACAAAGCUCAAUGCCACCAGAGCCAAUAUCUCAGAGUUAUUUAGUUGAAUUGUCUGUUUUGGCACCUCAAGGUCAAGAUGCUAUUGGAGAAGACAUGCGCGCAUUUGCCGACCAACUACGACCAUUAGUACAACUGGAUAAGAUUGAUUAUAAGAGAUUAGGUCACAUGACAGUAACAUAA